AUGGCUGGCUCAGCAUUAAGACGAUUAAUGGCAGAAUAUAAACAAUUGACAUUGAAUCCACCCGAAGGGAUUGUUGCAGGUCCAAUUCAUGAAGAAAAUUUUUUUGAGUGGGAAGCUCUCAUAUCUGGGCCAGAUGGUACUUGUUUUGAAGGUGGAAUUUUUCCUGCCAAAUUAAUAUUUCCACCUGACUAUCCACUCAGUCCACCGAAAAUGCAAUUCACUUGUGAAAUGUUUCAUCCAAAUAGUAAGAUAUUCUUAAAUUAUAGUAGUUCUUUCAGUUUUUAG